AUGAUCUUGCUGGAGGAGCCUGGCAGCAGAGCGGAGUCGACCAAGUCUGCUGCCGUUCAACCACCAUUGCCCCCGCCUCCGCCGUCGCAGUUCCCGAAGGAUUUGUUUGCUAGUGAGAAGCACGACAACGUUGAAGCGAAGGGUGAAGAGAAGGAAAAGGAAGUUGCUGAAGAGCAAGGGGAGGAAAAGGAGAAAAAGGAGGAAAAGGCGACGGAGGAUGUGGGGGAGAAGCAGGGAAGCGAGACGGGAAAGGAGGCCAAGGAAAAGAUGGUGAACACCAGGCUGAGCGAGGAUGUGGACAAUCACAUCCGAGGCAGCGAGGGCGAGAAACCAGCCAUGGCAAAGGACGAAAACGCGUCAGUGGACGCCGUCGAUUUCGGGGCCGACCCGGGACAGCGGGCGGACCGGCCCUCGUCGGCGGAAACGGAAUCGCAACCAGCUGCCGCAUCCGUCGUAGCGCUGUCGCAAGCAGCGACCGAAGUUGUUGCUGCGCCUCGACAAAGCCAAGAAGCAGACAGCAAGAAGGAAGGCCGCGUCGCCGAGAUGAACAUCAGCAGGCCCAUCAGCCGGCAGAUCUCGGCCGUCAACUCGCCGGCCGGCAGCAGGCCGGUGAGCAGCGUCGGCAGCGCGUCCGCCGGCCAGUUCGUCGCGCCUGAAGAAUGGGAAACCCUACCCGACCCCGCGUCGCCCGUGAGCCGCGCCUUCACCCAGUCGCCCAUCUCCCGCAUCGGCACGCCCGGCCACCGCUCGUUUGCCGAGCGCGCCCAGUCGCCCAUCCCGCGCUCCGUCACGCCCGGCACCAUUGCCAUGCCCACGGCGCAGUACCCCGCCGCCGACUUCGGGAGGAGCGGCAGCCAGAAGGGCGGCAAGUGGGAGCGUCUGGGCGUUUUGCCCAGCCCCAACAUCGAGCCGCUGUCGUGGUUGGAUGAGAAGGAAAAGAGAAGGAGCUUGGCUGCAGAGCAACGGAUGGAGCGGGUCAUUGAGAGCGUUGUGCGCAACAGCACCCCCGUUAGCGUGCGCAGCAAGGGCAGCGCCGGCAGCAUGGGCCGGUUUGUGACUAGUGGCGAAGAAGAGGUGCAGGCCAGGCCUUCUGCCGAAGGAGACGAGGAUGGAGCAGCCAAAUCGUCCAGGCAAUCCUUUGCGCAGCGUGCCAAUGCUGGUGCUUCUUCGUCUCGGCAGUCUGUUCGCACGAGGAAUUCGAGGGGCUCGAUCGCCUCGUUGCUGCCGAUUCCACUAGACGAGAUGGCGAGAAAGGAUCUCACGCUCGAGGACCACGAGUUGGACAGGCCAAAGUUCGACGUUUCGCCCAUCGAGCUGGAUGAUACGGAAGCGGAAGCGCGCGAUGAGCAGCUUAAGGCGGCUACUCCUCAGCGACAAAACGGGCAAGGUGAAGAGUCUUACGCAGCUCCUGAUGCACAUGUUGGUGCUCAGAAGUCGCCUUCUCGCGCAUCCAGUAGCCAUUACGGUGCGGCAGAUUCUGGAGAGCCCAUUGAAGGACCUCCGCGUCUUGCGUCUCCUCUCCAGGAUAUUAGUGCUGCAGCUGCAGCCGAUGCUCCUAGACAAGGAGGGCAAGAGGACAAUUCGCGUAAAUAUCAAGUCAGCCCUGUCAAUCCUGAGUUUGAUGCCCAGCCGCGUCCGAGACCGGCAAACAGGGAGUUGGAGCAGGCCCCACGUCCGUUUUCGUACAUGGAAGGCCAGAGCACACAAGAGGAGAGUCUACAACAAGGUUACACAGGACCACGCCACGGCCAGCAUGCACCACCGCAGCACGGCCCGAACGUUCCUUUGGAUGCUGGCAUGCAGCGCGGUACGCCGUAUGCCAGACGCGGUCCUUACAGUUGGCAGCCGGGCCCGUACCCACCGCACCAGCAGCACCCUCCGCCUCGUCAAGGCUACCAGCCCCCGCCGUCUGCUCCUCCAGGGCUUGAGGGACGCCGCCAGUCCUUGCUUCUUCAAGGCGAUGGUAACGACAACUUCACCCGCCAGGAUUUCGACCCGCGCUCCUACUCGUCCGAGUUCCAGCUGCCAGGCGUUGGGCCGCCCGAUCACUCCGAGAACUCAGAACUGCGGCAGAAGAGGAGGUCCAUUCUGGGGAACAUCGGUGGUGGCUCGAACAAUAGGACGUCGCCUGCAGGCUCAAAUCCGAACACGCCAUCUUCCAAGUCGACCGAACGCGUCAACGAGCGCAUCAACCCGCAGCAUGUCGAUCAGCAAGCAAUGCUGCACCGUACAUUCUCCUACCAGUCCAGCGUCGAUGAGUCGCAAUUGAAGCUCGCACCUGCAUCCGGUGGUAGCAAGAAGGUGAAGGAGACGGAUGGCCAGAAGCAGAAGCGGCAGAAAUCGGGUAUCUUCUCUCCGUUCAAGCGGAGUAACUCCAGCGAUCCCGCCAGGCCAAUCCCGCCACCCGAGGCUGACCGAGCCAGCCCGUCCGUCGCGCCUAGCCAGUCGAAGAAUGGCCGGAAGGUGCUGCAGCGUAACGCUAGCUCUGGUCGCUUGCCGACGCAGGCCAUGGCGGUGGCUGAGACGGACAAGAAAGAGAAGAAGAAGCGGACUUCGUUAUUCGGUAGUAUAUUCGGUCGGUCCUCAUCCGCCCCCUCUGCGGCGCGCGUGAAGGAGGACAAGAAGAAGCUUCGCGGCAGCGAGAGCAAAGGCAAAUUGUCGAAGCUGAGGAAGGUUGAUAACGCCAGCAGCCACAACCUCUCUGCUGCCCAGCAGCCCCAGGGGGCAAUCACUGAGGCUAGAGAUGCGGCUUACGCGCCCGUCCCGCAGCCUCCGAUGCUGGGCGGCUACCGUGACCUGAGGGAGACAGCAGCUGCGAAUGAGGAUGCUAUGGAAGAACAACAGUCUCUGCAAAACGAGUUCUACGCAUCUUCUGCCGAGCAACAGGCCCCUCCUCCGACAAGCACUGCUGGACCCGGCUACUAUCCGCCUGGUCCUCUUCCUACCACUCAGCCUAUGGGCUACCCUGGCCCUACUUCUGCUCCUGGCUUUGCACCUUAUCGCCAUUCGCCCCCCGCAACUCGUACCCGUUACUACCAGCAGCAGCAGCAGCAGCAGCCCCCUCAGCGUGCUCUCUCGCAUGAUCGUGCCUUGUGGCCCAAUGGCGUUCCCCCGUCGUCGAUGCCGCCACAACCCCGUCGCUUCUCGGAGCAGAUGCUGCAGCAGUAUCCGCCGGCACCAAGUCGUCCUUACCAGACCCCUCCGCCACCGCAGCAGUACAGCCGCCAUCCCAGCCAGAGCAGCGAUUACGGUGCAGCCCUUUCGCCGCAGAUCUCGGCGAUGACGCCGCCGCAGCCUGGAGAGUAUCCUCCUCCGCAGCAGAGGCACCCGAGUAGCGGCGAGGAAAUGAUCGUCAGCCCCAUCACGUCGAGGUCGUCGUCCAGUGGUCCUGGAGGCUAUUUCGGACGGGUCAGUCCAGAGAUGGAAAGGAGGAAUGGCCCGGGGAACGUAUUUGAGAGGCAGAGGUUGUGGCACCAGCAACAGCAGCAGCAGCAGCAGCAACAGAUGCAAGGGUCGCCUAGCAGGCAGAGGGUAAUGGGGAGGAUCCAGGAACAAGUCCCGGUGGCGCCGUAUCAGCAGCAGCCGCCGCCGCCGCAACAGCAACCGUGGGGCCACCCCCCUUACCAACAGCAGCAGCGGCCCUACGAGCUCAGUCUACCCGGCACCACCACCGACUCUACCGACUCGGGAGAAGACGACGAUCGUAGUGCUGCCGCCGCCGCCGGGAACCCGGGGAAGAACGUCGUCAACGCGUGGUCGCCGCCGCCCCCUCCGUCGUCGUACCCAGUCAGCGGUGGUCCUGCCGCUGCAGCCGCUGCCGCGUAUAGAGAGGUUCUUCCGCGCGGCUACGCGCCCAUCACCACUGCCGCUACCGCCGCCGCCGCCACCGCUGCUAUCAGCGGCGGCACGUCGCCCAUCGCCACGCGCGUCGAGCCGCGGUGGAAGGAGAUCUCGCCCGAAGAAGCGGAGACGGAGCUCGAGCGCCUGCGCGAGCGCCAGGCACAGGAGCGGCUGCUGGCCCAGGAACGGGAGCGCGAGCGUGAGCGCGAACGUGAACGUGAACGUGAACGUGAACGCGAACGCGAACGCGAACGCGAAUUGGAACUGGAGCGCGAACUCGAGCAGAAGCAGCUGCGCAACGUCCACCCGGUCUUCCGCCACAGCCCCAAGCCGAGUUUGAGCGGCAGCAUCGUCCCGGUCGGUGGUGGCAGUAGCGGUGGAAGCAGUCCUCAGGUCAACAAGGUGCCUUCGACAGGCAAUUCGCCCAGGCCCCCGCCCGGCUUCGAGGGCGUCGCGGCGCCGCAUCAUCAACAGCAUCAGCACCAGCACCAGCACCAGCACCAACAUCACCCUCCUCAUCCGCAGAGGUACUCUGGUGGUCCGGUCGUGACGGCCGCCGGCGGCUUGCAGAUGGAUCCGGCGUAUGCGAAGGAGUACGGCAUCCCCACUGGACCGCCGCCGCCCCAUCCUAGUGGAGCUACCGGGCUUGAGCAACAUCAGCAGCCUGGUGGCGAUCAUGCUGUCCACAAGGUUCCUGGCGGCGACAGCGACGAUGACGAUGACGACGAAGAUCUCUACGCCGAGCCGACGUAUCAGCUCCGCAGCAGGGAGUCCGGCCAGCAGGGCGCGCAGGCGCUGGAGCGCGCGCAGCGCGAAGCUGGCUCUUCGCCGCCGCCGCCGAUGUCGACGGUGCCGGCGGAGAGGAAGGAGGAGGGCGUGAGCGAGAGGGAGAGGGAGAGGGAGACGAGGGACGGAAAUGACAGGGACGACGCGGAUGAGCCGGUCGUUAUGCAGGCUGCUAGCUACCCCGGUAUGGAAUGGACACCGAGGUGGGAUGGGACGAUUGAGUGA